AUGGCGGGCGAGGUUCGACAGCCCAUCGACCUGGCCUCCCUCGAGCGCUACAUCGACACCAAUGUCCCCACGAUCAAGACUCCCCUCGGCUUGAAGCAGUUCGGCUUCGGCCAGUCGAAUCCUACGUACCAGAUCACCGACGCGCAGGGUGUCAAAUAUGUGAUGAGGAAGAAGCCGCCAGGCUCGCUGCUUUCGAAGACAGCUCACCGAGUCGACCGCGAAUACCAGAUCAUACACGCGCUUGGCCAGACGGAUGUCCCUGUGCCAAAGGUAUACUGCCUGUGCGAGGACAACGACGUCAUCGGCACGCCUUUCUACAUUAUGGAAUUUCUGGACGGGCGCAUGGUGACGGAGAAUCAUUUCCCGGGCUGGAGCCCUGAGGACAGGACAGAAGCGUGGCACGACGCGCUACGAACGCUGGCCAAAUUCCACCGGGUAGACAUCCGAAAGGUCGGGCUGUCGGAUUUCGGCCGGCACGGCGGCUUUUACGACCGCCAACUGAAGACGUUUUCGACGCUGCAAAAGGCACAAGCCGAAGCCGUGGACGUCGACACGAAGCAGGCCGUCGGCGAGAUCCCGCAUUUCGACGAGAUGGUGAGGUUUUUCCGGCAGAAGUCCACGCAGCCAAAGGACCGCGUCACGCUUAUCCACGGCGAUUACAAGAUCGACAAUUUGGUCUUCCAUAAGACGGAACCUCGCGUCAUUGGCAUCCUGGACUGGGAGAUGGCCACGAUUGGCCAUCCGCUUUCCGAUCUGGUCAAUCUGACGGCCCCGUGGUCGUGGGUGGGCCGGGACAUUGGGGGCGCGAAGAAUGACACGGAGGCGUUUCGCGACGGCGUCACUCCGGGCCUGCCGACUCUGAAACAGGCUGUACAGUGGUAUGCUGAGGCGUCUGGAUACAACCCGGAGCUCGAACUGGCCUGGGGCAACGCGUUUGGAGGAUUUAGAGGUGCCAUUAUCAUGCAGGGCAUUGCGGCCAGAUACGCCCGGCGGCAAGCCAGCGGCGUGACGGCCAAGAACUACGCCUCGCAAAUGCCCCUCUACGCCGAGUGGGCGUUUGGGCUGGUCCAGAAGCUCGUCGAGACCUCGGAUGGAAAGGCGAAGUUGUAG